GACUGGACCAGCGCUCGAUGGGGGAUUUGUGGACGAUCGCCUCGUAAUCAUCCACUCCAUGUCAGGUUAUAUUAUAUUAUUAGAUAUUGAUCACCACUCCUCCACUCGUUGGCUGUAAUCUGUGGACUUGGGACACCCAGUAAAGAAAAUACAUCAAAGUCCAGAAAUCGGUGGCUUUUGAAACCGUGAUUUAUGCGUGAAUCUGUCUACAUGGUCUAGCGGCUUCAAAUUAUCCACUUUAUAGGCCUAGGCCCUAUCUGUUACAUGUAGUUGAAACUGAUGAGCCGAGUGAUGGCAGUUUGUGUGCGGUCAGCAGGCAAUUUGUUCAGCAAGAGAACUGCAAAUUUUCUGAGGACACAGGGUCAUGUCUGCCGAAGAUAUGCUGCAUCGGACGGUAGCUCAGCGGCCAAGAAGCCAGUGGAGACGGAGUUGUCAUGGGCACAGUAUUUUUUCAGCACUCAUUUCUGGGGUCCAGUUGCUAACUGGGGAAUCCCCCUCGCUGCACUGAGCGACAUGAAGAAGGAUCCAGAAAUCAUCAGUCCAAGAAUGACAGCAGUUCUAGUGAAUCUAAGCCAGCUGAAGAAGUCGCUGCCGCAGCAACUUCAGCCUCAACACCAGCAGCUGCAGCAAUACCACCAACACCAGCAACGGAACCGGUUACUGCACCAGCGACAGCACCAGUGACAGCACCAGCAUCUGCACCAGCAGGUGUCUCAGAAGCUCCAGUCAAAGAAAAUCCUGAACCCAGUAAAUAAAAUGGUUCCCUCCAAUCUGGUUGUAUUUGAGUGCCGUUACCUUGGAUAGGACACAAUCCCUUCCACCUGUUAUUAGAUUUGUCAUUGAAGAUGUGUUUCACUGCAGUCUAGGAAAACGUAGAGAAGUCCUUGAAAUUCCUUAAGAGAAAUUAUUGGAAGCCCUGCAUAGCCAGCCCUUAACCAAAAAGGUCUUGGCGUAGGGAUCGGGGUGACAGAUUGUCAUUACACAGAAGUUGUCCUUUACUGAGUUGUUGGAGUGGCAAUUUGAAUCUGUACAGAGGAUUGCAUGAGUAAGACACGUUGCAGUUAUUUCCCCCUAUUGGAGGGCAUUGAUGAAGAUAUUGUGGGGUUGAUAGUUAUACUGAGAAGCUCAAAUCAUCUUGAAGUUGUUGAGAUUUUGGAAAAAUCGUAUGUGAGAUUCUCAAAAUUGAAACAAAUCCAACUUUAGGUACUAAAGAAGAACUUGCAUCAGUUUUGAGAGUUUGGAGUCUAGUUGUGGAAUACAUUUCCAUUUGCAUCACCCCACUAACAUAUGAAGUUUUAGCUUGACGGGGCAAGUCACAAGAACAGUGUAAAGUCAUGCUGAUUGGAGUCUUUCAUUUGAUAUUGGGAAUCUCCCUUUUUUCACAUAACAGGCUGGUUAACCUUUUGAUCUUUUUAAGAGUGAAAGUCUUUCCUACAGACUUGAAUAUUUGUGCACAAAGAUAAAUUAAUCUCUUCCAGUUUCACUCUCAAGCAUGUCCUUUUGUUUUAGGAUUUAGUUGAUUAGUUUGUGGCAGUUUUUUACUUGGAGAGUUUUUGCAUGCGGUUUGCUUUUAAAACUCUGUUUGCACUGUUUUUGUACCCAAUUCAUGUAGCUUAUCAGAAAGCCAUUCUGCUGGCAAAUCCAAUGAAACUACACUUGAUGCUUUCCAGAUUUCGAGUGGGAGAGGCUAAAUACAAAUUUCUUCCUUAAGUGAUUGUCCUUUUCUUCAUUUGUAAAAGAAUUUUCCCACUCUAAUGGAAAGUCAAGUAGCUUUCCAUUAAAAAAUAGCAACAUACCCUCACCAAAUACCUUAUGGGCUUGACUAAUGGGAAGACAAGAACUUAUCAAAUACUGGACAAGAACUUAUCAGGUUCUGGACAAGAACUUAUCAGAUACUGGACAAGAACUUAUCAGAUACUGAAGAGUACAGAAAUAGUCAUAUAACAAAUGUUUGGGUUCAGAACCAACCUCUUGUAGGGGGACAUUUCUGUAUUCUUGGAGUCGAUUUUGACAUGAAGAAAGUCGGUUUUGUAGUAACUAAACUUUGUAAUUAAGUUUUAGAAGUGUUUUUAUAAAUAAUAACAAAACAAAUACUAUUUUUAGGAAUUCUGAUACAAUAGAAAUCAUUUAUUUUUGCACCUGUUGCUUAGUGCUUGGGCUGAUUAAUAUUUCUUGACUUAAAUGUUAACACAAAGUGAAUUUGACAUCAAGAGAGGAUGAAAUGUAUUCAACUUUUACGUAACCACUGCUCCGUAAUUUGUGGUUACAAAAUUCACAUUGAAUUGGCAUUUGCUUGAAGUAUAAUCUAACCAUUUUGCACAAAGAAACAUUUAUGCAAAGUAGAUAAGUGUUGUAGUGAGCCACAAACAGGGUUUAGGAAGGAAUUUAUAAGAUAAAGUUAUUUAAGAAUUAAUAAGAUUUUAGAAAAAAAUUUUAAAACUCAAAUAGGCAAUCUGUUUCUCAGAGAUUGAAGCUUAGAUACACUAAUCAUAGCAGGUAUAUUGAAAAAAUUGCAACCUUUUUCUCAUUUAUUCACAGUUCCCAUUAAUUCACGUAGGGAAGGUUUUAGAUUUACCGUAACAGGAUGAGAAAGAAUGGAAUACAUGUGCAAAGAAAUGUCAUUGUUUUGAACUGACCUCUGCGUUCAUAAAAACGGUCUGGUUCGUCAAACCCGUAAGUUCUUUUAAUUUUCAUGUCAGAAUAAAGAAUAUAGAGACAUACACAAA